ACACCAUCAUGAAUAUCGCGACCUCAAUCCGCUCUUUAUACUCACGUCUCGCACGAUUCCAGAACAUCAUCGCUGACAUCGUCACAUUGACUACAUUUUUAGCUUACAUGUUGGCUCCUGUUCCUCCGCCUACCACACCUAUCCCACAUCUAGCGACCUUCCAUCAAUGUCAUGUUCCUCCGCAAACACCAUCGCCCAAGGACACUCAAUUACCACAUCAAGAUCUAGGCGACGUGGUAUCGCGCCGUCACAAUCCUGGAAACCAGAAAGCUUCACAUGCCCCCUCGGCCGAGAACACCCGUCACCCCAACUCCCCUCCAAAAACAAACACUUGUGCCGUCCCAUCACGAACACAUGCUCAGCCAGCAGUUCACGACACCUCCAAGCCGAGGAGCGCAGGGAUCUUACCCCAGAUUCCGGCCUUCCUACCCCCUGAACACCCCCGCUGAUCUACCCUUCUUCCCCUCAUGCAAGCCUUGCAAGGUGCCUGCCGAUGUGACUUGCCCAACACGAGAGUAGGUGCGCAAACGCCCGCCAUUGGACUGCGUAAGGACAGUCCGGCUCCAGCAUGGGCAAUUGUGCCUUUAUUUUCUCCCCCGCGUGUGCGCGCCGCGAAUCGGGGCUGGCUGGAUGGCUGAGAGGGCGGCCGGACGUCAUGGUUGGUGCGAGACGGCGGCCUUUUAGCCUUUUUGGACCUGAGCCAAUGGUUCCUCCGAGCUUUUACUUCGUCUAAUGAGGCGGUUGACAUUGGAGGAUGCGAUGGCAGCAGCUCUGUUAUUUUCCUGUGUUUCUAUUACUCAAUUGAUAAAGUCUGAAGACAAAAUCCAUUGAGCUGGAUUGUCAUUCACCUCACCAUGUCCCUGAAUUUUUUGUGAACGUGGAGGUUUUCAUAUACCAUAUGAUUGUAUCUAGUGGACAUCCCUCAUUCAAGUCGGAU